AGUAACAGCAGCAGCAGUGGUGUUAGUGGUAGGAUUGGUAUUAUAAACAUCGUCACUACAAUUUAAUUUAUCAUUUCUCUUUUUUUCCAUAUGUCCAGGAAGCAGUAAAUGAGCGUACACAAAUUACAUUUUAUGUUGAAUCUGUUCUGCAUCACAAUGGCACAAAAAUAAAUUGAAACUAAAUUAUUUUCUUUAAUAGAAAUGAUGACUACAUGUUGGGGUCUUAAAUUAUAUUUAUUGAGGUCUUAAAAAGCAUUAAAUUUGACUUUUAAAAUGCUACAAGAUCCCUGUGGAGGCUGAGCGAGAUGUUGCUUAAUGCGUUGCAUUAACAUCUUAACUGCUAUCAUCUUCUCUCUAUAGAACAACUGGGAGAUCUGAGUAGGACCAGAGACUACCAUGCAGUCCCAGGAACAUGUACUUGAUGAAAUCUUGCAAAGGGUUCAAAGAAGAUUCUCCUUGCUUCUUAGAAAUGAAACGCUUGAUUUGGAUUACCUCAAGACUGUUGCUCAGCAGGAACUUUCCUUGGCAACAGUGGCAUCACAUCACCUGAACGUUCCAGCAGAACUCAUAAACAGUCUACAGGAGUUGAUCAACAUCCUUAGUUUUCCUGUUGAUGCUACUGAUGAAGUAUCAGUAGUAAAUGAGUUAGAUGUUUUUACUGCCACUGUGGGCAAGCUGGGACGGCCACGCCUAGAAAUUGAUAGUGGGGAUCUUCAAAGCCUCCUUUCCACUGAACUUCCUUUAGAAUAUUUAGGCAGGAUGUAUGGUGUUUCACGAAGAACAUUAAACAGGCGGAUGAAAGAACAUGGCCUCUCUGUUCGUGGAUACUAUUCAAAAAUGUCUGAUGAUGAACUUGAUCAUGUUGUGAGAUCAAUAAAAUCAAGAAUGCCCCAUGCUGGGUAUAGACUGGUGAAAGGUGAGCUAUUGGCUAGAGGACAUCGUGUACAGUGGCAUAGGGUGAAGGCUACAAUGCACCGUGUGGACGGAGCAGGAGUUUUAGCCAGGAUGAUACAACUUGGAUUUGUAGCCCGCAGAAGCUACUGUGUUCCUGCACCUUUGUCUUUGGUUCAUGUAGACACCAACCAUAAAUUAAUCAGAUUCAAUAUUGUAAUAUUUGGUGGGAUUGAUGGUUUCUCAAGAAAGAUCCUAUAUCUUGAUGCUGCUGCCAACAACAAAGCCUCAACCGCAUUCUCCUUCUUCUUGGAUGGUGUCUGCAAACAUGGAUGGCCCUCAAGAGUACGUGGUGACCAGGGGGUGGAAAAUGUUGACAUUGCUCGUUGCAUGUUCUCUGUCAGGGGAACUGGACGUGGUAGCUUCAUUGCUGGUAAAAGUGUCCACAAUCAAAGGAUUGAGAGGCUGUGGCGUGAUGUGUGGUCAGCUGUCACCUGUAACUACUAUGAUGUGCUUCACACAAUGGAAGACGAGCAAUUGAUUGACCUGUCUGAUGAAAUGCACCUUUUUUGUGUGCAUUACGUGUUUCUCCCACGGUUGAAGUCUGACCUGAAGUGCUUCCUGGGUAGCUGGAACAAGCACCCUAUCAGAACCGAAGGAAACUUGUCUCCAGAGCAGCUGUGGUGUAUUGGUAUGCUCCAAACACCAGUGGAUGAGCCAGAUGUAGAGCCAAUGGAGAAUCCUGUGGAGUCCUGCACCGACGCUGAAGUGGAUGGUGGAGUGGUGGUGUCCGAGAUCCCUUGCCCACUGUCAGACCAGAAACAUGCUGUCCUUCAGGGAUUAAUAAAUCCAUUGACCUCAACCUUGUCUCAUAAGGAGCUCUAUAUUCAGACUCUUAAUCUGGUACAAUUACUUUUAUAAGACACAAGGAGAGCAACAAACAUGACAGAGUGGUGCUUGAAAGUUUGUGUAAAUGUUAUUUGUAUAGACAUUAAAGAAUCUGUUCUGCUUGACAUGUUUAGCUGCAAGCGUGUGAUGAAAGUUUGCAAAUGAUUGAAACCAAUCAGCUUGAAUUUUUAGUUAUGCCCUUGAACUUGUAAAAAUGCUAAAAGAAAUGGCAAAAGUAAUAAAUAUACUUCUUUUUA